AUGACAUUACGACAUCGUCUUUCACCAUAUGGAAAACCAAACUUUCCACUUGUACAAAAACAAGAAAAUGUCAUUUCAUUACUUUAUCGUAUUGAAGAUAUGGAAUGUCAUGAACAUGGUGGUUAUCUAGCUUAUUGGAUAGCAAAUACAUCUGAAUUACUUUAUUUUAUAAAACAAGAUCGUGAUAUAUCAAAAAUUUCUCAUGAUAUUCAAGAUCGUUUAGCUGAAUGUUUAAUAUCAUUUACAAAUCCACAAGAUGAUGUUGAACAUGAUAUGUUUAUUGCAUUUGAAGAAAAUAAUUCAACAACUGUAAAAUUAUCUGAUUUACGUUGGAUAACAUUAGAUAUGAAUUCAAAUAAUUAUUAUCAAGCAACAUUAGGUGAUAUUCUUGCAACACUUUCAUCAAUCAUGGAUUUAUUACGUAAAUAUCGUGUUAAUGCUACAUUAACAAUUCAAGUGUUUUCACAAAUAUUUCAUUAUAUAAAUACAUGGUUAUUUAAUCGAAUUGUUUGUUAUCCAAAAUUAAAAUUAUGUUCAUAUUUUUGGGGAGAAAAAUCAUUAUUACGUUUAAAAUCGAUUAGUGAUUGGGCACAAAGACAAGGUUUAGAAUUAGCAUCUGAUUGUCAUUUAACAAAAGUUAAUCAAAUUUGUUUAUUAUUACAAAGUCCGAAACGUGAUGUACAUGAUGUACAGCAAUUAAUAUCAAAUAAUACAUUUAAACUUAAUUCAAUAUAA